CCUUGAACCAUUAAGACUUACUAUUGCAGAUCGAAUUGAAAGAAAGUCGUGAAGUAUUUGAUGGAAGCUAAUAGUAGAGAUGUUGAUCAUCCAGACGCCAUUGAAAUGUUUGGAGCUCAGGCUCAUAUCUACAAGCACGCCUUCAACUACGCAAAUUCCAUGGUCCUCGCCGCUGCAAUUCAGCUAAAUAUCCCAGACAUAAUCCACCGCCAUGGAAAACCAAUCACCAUUCCAGAGCUUGUUUCUGCGCUCAAACUCCCGCCUCAAAGAUCAAACGCCGUUUAUCGCAUCAUGCGCCUCUUAACUCACAAUGGCUUCUUUGAUUCAACAAAGCUCAAUGAAGAAGAAGAUGGGUAUGCUCUCACAGCUUCUUCAAAGUUGCUCCUCAAAACCCAAAUCCCAAACCUAUCCCCUUUCGCCCGGCUCAUGGUUGACCCGGUCAUGGUGGCGCCGUGGCAGGUUUUGGGGGACUGGUUUUCAAGAAAUGACGAGUCCGAGUCCACUCCCUUCGAGGCCGCCCACGGUGCUCCUAUGUGGGAGUUUUGCGACAAGGAUUCCAGGUUUAACAACGCUUUCAAUCAGGCAAUGGCCAGCGAUUCCCAGAUGAUGAGCUUAGUCGUCAAAGAUUGCGGGCAAGUGUUUGAAGGGGUGACAACGUUGGUAGACGUUGGAGGCGGCACCGGAACCACUGCUAAGUUCAUCUUGGAGGCGUUUCCGAGGUUGAAAUGCACGGUGUUUGAUCUCCCUCACGUUGUUGCACACCAACCCCAGUCCGAAAACCUGCGAUUCCUCGGAGGGAACAUGUUUCACUCCAUUCCUUCUGCUGAUGCCAUCAUGUUCAAGCAUGUUAUGCAUAACUGGAAUGACGAGAGGUGCGUGAAGAUACUGAAGAAAUGCAGAGAAGCUAUCUCAAAUGAGAAAGAUGGAGUAAAGGGGAAGGUGAUCAUCAUUGACAUGGUUUUGGGUGCAGAGAAAGAAAAUGAAGCAGAUGCAACUGAAGUGAAGCUCAUGUUUGAUGUUCUGAUGAUGGUUUUUCUUACUGGGAAGGAACGAACUGAGAAGGAAUGGGAAAGGCUGUUUAUUGAGUCUGGGUUCACUCACUAUAAGAUAACUCCAGUUUUUGGCCUCAGGUCCCUCAUUGAGGUGUUUCCUUAAUUAGUACCCACUACUUUUUCAUGUUUCCUAUCCUACCUAAUUCUUGCUCUCUUAUGAAUCUCAGCUCUUUUGUUUUGUUUAUUGCUGGCUCCUGUAUGUUAAGAAUAAUCUAAUUAAGCAUAUGUACUAAGGAAAACCAAACCAGUCUUGAAAGUUUAUCGUUCCAACAUAUACAUAUCUUCAACUGGUUGGUUAAUUAUUCUGUAACCAAAUUUUGUUUCUCCUGUAUUUAAUUUGCAGAUAGAUCGAUGUGUGUGUAUACAUGCUUAAUCUUUCUAGCCAAUUCAUCCCUUAGCAUCAAUAUGCGAAUGAUAUAUAGAAUCUGUUUUAA